AUGCCGCCAACAACAUCCACUACACCCACAUGCAUCCAACCGUCGUCCUCAUCGAUCGGCGGAUUCGGAAAAGCCGACGACAACGUGCGAAUCCUUCUGAUGGCGUCGGUACGCAAUGAGUUUGGCGACACGUCGAUAUUCUCGCGGCUCGGUGUGACGGCUCUCGGACAACACUAUGUGUUGGUUGUGAGGAAGAAGAUGUUCGGAGGGUAUACGACGCACAUGAUCACGGCCAACAUGCGUAACCGUCCAUUCAUCUCUCCCCCAUUCAAAGUGUCCACCGGCUCCCAAUCGAUCGAAGAAUCUCGAGACCUCAUCGAUCGUCUCACCACGGCUCUCGGCCGCCCGGGAAUGUUCAGUUUCGACGAUCCACCGAUUGGAUCUCAAUUCCAAGUGGGCAAAGAUCUGAUUCAAUUGGAUGAGGUGCCCGUGGAGGUCCAUAACAAUCAGGAUAAGUAUUUGGAGAAGGGCGACGAGAUAUUCUGCGAGGUCAAUGUGACCGGAGUGAAAUUCUAUCAUACGGGAAUAUAUGCGGGCGAUGGAAUGGUUUAUCACUUUGUUUGUGAUGGACAAGAAUCCGAAUCCCUCGCCGAAGCGCUUGCAGUGUUCAGUGGUGUAUCCGCACAUGUUGUAUACGAUACGUGGUUUGAGUAUGUCUACGCACUCGUCGAGGUGUCAGAUGUGCCGCCCAAGAUUCUCAGGGCAUCACAUCCACUCAUUUGUAGGAGUGGAGAUCAGAUCGUAAAAUACGCGGAACACCUGCAACGUGAACUCGAAAACUACGACAUCCGUCGCUCGAACUGUCAACACUUCUCAUCGGAGUGCUCCACCGGCGUCGCCUUCUCCUACGACAUGACUUCAGCCUUCAAAUAUUUCGCGUGUUCCGUUCUGAAACCCACAUCGACCGUCGUCAACGCGAUGACUCGCUCGAAUCGAGAUCGAUCGAGCUUCGCGAGUAAUAGCACGUCUUCUUGA